AUGGAUUGGGUGAAUGCUGAACUAAAGCCAUUCUUUGACAACAUAGACACGUCUUGGAACCCAACAUUCCUCGUAAGUCGUAAAGGAGAAUCGGUCCCGGACCUAUAUCGCCGUGGUGAACUCUUCAUGGACGCAUUCAUCCGACGGAUCAACGAAGGUGGCUUUGGAGGCGAUCACGAGCGUGUAUUACUCGUUUCCCAUGCAGCUACCGUGAUAACUUUAGCACAGGCUCUCCUUGGUGACACCGCAAUAGGAAGAGAGCUCAGAGUUGGUUGCUGCACCCUUUCUACCUUCGAUAGACAUGAAACAGCUGCCCAAGAGGACACAAUUGGGUCCGAUGUCUGGAAAGCUCGAGGUAAACUUGCAACUGCUGACUUUCUCACAAAUGGGGUGGAACGAGAUUGGGGUAUGGCGGAUAUCGAAACGAAAAACGGCGUUGUAGUAGAAGAUGACGGUGUCCCUGGGACUAAUGGAGAAGAGGAUAUCGAUUUUGGUCUCCAGAAAUGGAAUGCCCACUCAGCCUCCAGGAUGUGA